CAUGUAUGGCUCCACCACCUGCCCUGGCAAAUAGUUCCAUAUUGAGCCAAGAGCUGGUAUACCCUGGUAUAGUGACAUACCAAUGUGAUGUGGGGUAUUAUGUAGCUGGUUAUGCUGAACAGAAUGUCAGCAAUGCAACAGUGCAAUGUGCACCAAAUGGAACAUGGAUUGGAACCCCACCGACAUGCCUACCUAUCAUGUGUCCUGACCUACCCAACACCCAUCUAAAUGGCAGUGUACGUGUACUAUCAGUUGGUCUGGAAUAUACUAACAACAGGACAUACACAUGUCAACAUGGAUUCUUUAUAUCUUCAGCAGCAAAUUUCUCUGUGACAUCAGUAACAAUGCACUGUCUUUUGAACGGCUCUUGGAGUGCUCCAGUUCCAACUUGCAAGCGUAUAACAUGUGUAGCUCCACCACCUGCCCUGGCAAAUAGUUCCAUAUUGAGCCAAGAGCUGGUGUACCCUGGUAUAGUGACAUACCAAUGUGAUGUGGGCUAUUAUGUAGCUGGUUAUGCUGAACAGAAUGUCAGCAAUGCAACAGUGCAAUGUGCACCAAAUGGAACAUGGAUUGGAACCCCACCGACAUGCCUACCUAUCAUGUGUCCUGACCUACCCAACACCCAUCUAAAUGGCAGUGUACGUGUACUAUCAGUUGGUCUGGAAUAUACUAACAACAGGACAUACACAUGUCAACAUGGAUUCUUUAUAUCUUCAGCAGCAAAUUUCUCUGUGACAUCAGUAACAAUGCACUGUCUUUUGAACGGCUCUUGGAGUGCUCCAGUUCCAACUUGCAAGCGUAUAACAUGUGUGGCUCCACCACUUGCUCUGGCAAAUAGUUCCAUAUUGAGCCAAGAGCUGGUAUACCCUGGUAUAGUGACAUACCAAUGUGAUGUGGGGUAUUAUGUAGCUGGUUAUGCUGAACAGAAUGUCAGCAAUGCAACAGUGCAAUGUGCACCAAAUGGAACAUGGAUUGGAACCCCACCGACAUGCCUACCUGGUGAUGCAUGUGCUGGUGAGUGCAGUCAUUCCAACACAACAGAAUGCAACCGCACGACAGCAGUAUGUCAAUGUCGAAUUGGAUUCACUGGCAAUGCCCUGGUAACUUGUACAGAUGUUAACGAAUGCAUUUUCAGCCCUUGUCAGCCAUCCACUCUAUCUUGUGUCAACUCCAUCGGAUCGUACUCCUGCGUGGACAAGUGCACAGUGGAUGCAAGCAGAGACGGUUGCUCAGGCAAUGGCAAUCAAAAGGCAUUCUCGGCUGGUCUUGGAAUGCAAGUGUAUGUGGGAAUAGGUGCUGGAGGCUUGGCUCUCAUCCUGCUGAUCAUUAUCAUCGUAAUCGCAGCUCGUCACCGAAAGCGGAAACGUACGAAAGAGGGAAUCCAAGGAGCUGGAUUAAGUUGCACUGAGUUGAUAGAUGGAAUGGGAGAAAAACACCAUCAGAGAUAUUCUCAAGUACUAGCAGGGUCCAGCAGCAAGAAGUCGAAACCUGGAAGGCUUGGUAAAGUUAAAUGGACACUCUCAUCCAACUAUCAGGUUGGCGACGUUACCCUGAAUAACAUAACCAAAGACAAGGUGACUGAGGCAGCAUCUUGUGAAAGCAAAGAGGAAGGCACUAGUGACAAGACUGUGCAUGACGGCAACUCGGGCAAUAACAAGCCCACGGUUAUGUCAUUACCCAGCGGUGGUGGGGGUGAUAGAUACGACACACUGAGUACGCCUAGUGCCAGAGGAGAAGAAGCAGUUGGCAAGAGUGGGCACGAUGGUCGCUACCGCGGUAGCAAGUCCAUAGAAUCAGUGCCCAGCGCUGGUGAUACGUAUGUGAUUGCGUACGGUAGUAUGCCUGGUUCCAGAGGGAGUCACAUUAGUGGAGAAUAUGACAACAGAUAUGGAUUAUCGCCCCGCAAGGAAAGAGCAGCAGCCACUGCGCCUGAUGAGGAUACAUAUGAUAAUAUCAUGAUGAGUCGUUUUGAUGCCGGUGAUCACCAACAACCAGACAGCGAGGGAGAGAUGUAUGCUAGACCUGAUAGACUUCAGACUAAUCCUUCAGAAUGCGAUAGUAACCUAUACGAUGUUCUUAGCAGAGAUAGCUGCACUGACCACAAUAGUCUGGUGAUUGCCAAUCAAGCAGGGCAGCAUGAAUACGACUCUCUGCCUGCUAGUUCUUGUCUUCAGCAACCCGGCCUACCUGUCCCCAAGCCAACGCCAAGUGUGAGUAGAAACAGCCAAGCUGAAAGUGCUGCGCAUGAAGUAAGUGACCUAAAUCACGGUGAAAAGAAAUUUGUACAGCGACCAACUGUAGCUGUAAGCCCCAGCGUCCCUGCCAGUACAAUAGCAACUUACAUGUGUCAGGUUGCAGGUGAAGUGGAGGGAAGAGGACAGUAUGCUUACUCGGAACCAGAACGUACUCAGCAGUCCUCCGACAAGCAAGGAGACAGUGGUGCUGAUAAGCUGACUGCCCCUGCGUCUCCACGCGCAGAGCAUGCAGUUGUUAGCAAGCUGUUCAAUGAAGUGACCAAACAAGGAUGCGUCUACUCACAGCCAGCACAACCAGAUGGCAUCAAUCAUACUACAGACAGCCUCCGCCAGUCUGAUGAUUACAGCUAUGCAACACCAGACGGUAUUGAUCAUGCUAAGAAGGUUGUGAAGAGCAGCUAUGCCACACCAGGCGGUAUUGAUCAUGCUAAGAAGGUUGUGAAGAGCAGCUAUGCCACACCAGACCGUAUUGAUCAUGCUAAGAAGGCUGUGAAGAGCAGCUAUGCCACACCAGACGGUAUUGAUCAUGCUAAGCAGGUUGUGAAGAGCAGCUAUGCAACACCAGACAGUAUUGAUCAUGCUAAGCAGAUUGUGAAGAGCAGCUAUGCCACACCGAAUAAUGCCAGUCGCAAGAAGAACACAAAGGCCUGCUCUGAUCAAGCAUCGCAAGUUCUAAUCUUUCCCAUGCAGCACACUGGCGGCGAGGGGAAACUGAUGGUGUGAAUAGGACAUAGAGCAGAGCCACAUUCUGUGACCAUCCUGGUGGUUGUAGUGUCAUUACAGCUGCGCAACCCAGGGCUGUUCCACUUCAGCUGCGCAACCC